AUGGAAAAUAGUGGAAUUCAAAUUGAUUAAGAUCAGUAUUAUGAGCCAUUCUUAGAAGAAUUAGAUGAUGAGGAGCAAAAUCUCAACUAAGAACAAAUAAAUAGUAAUGAAGUGAGGCCAAACUUGAUGAAUAAUCAUCAGGCUCAGCCAAUUUUGAAUCAGCAAUAAUAAAUAGAUGACGAUGACAACCCUGAGCAGGAGCAUUGGUUGGGUUCGCAUUUGAUCAUCAAAGAAGUAAUUUGUGAUAUCUAGAAAUAUCCUUGUGAUGCGCUGAUUACUUUCUCAGAUUCAGAUAUUUUUCCUGAGAUUGGGGAGAAUCCAGACUUGAUUUCCGAGUUCUUGUUUGAAAUUGAAGAGGAAGAAAAGGAAAUUUGCCACAAAUUCAGCUAUAUUUGCUCAGUCCCUAAGUACAAUUUAAGCAUUUAGAUUGCUGCGCAUAUUACAGAGCUUAUUCAGAAAUGCAUAAUUUCUGCAAAUGAGAAAGACUUAAAGAAUCUAUCAAUUGAUUUGAGCAGCCUCAAUGAACUUAGCUUCAGCAAAAACUCAUUCUUAGAGUAAAAAAGAAUACUAGAAGAAAUUAUAACAAUGCUGUAGAACAAUAUAAUCUUGUAUUCGAAAGAGUUUGAUUCAUAAUAAUUUUGUGUAAAGGAAAUAAGAUUUCUAUUUGAAUAAAGAGAUAAAAUAGAAUUAGCUGUUUUCAUUAAUUGCUUUAUGAAAACAAUCCACCAUUACAUAUUAGAAGAAAGAAAUAGAUUCAAGAAUCAAAAGCUUUCUCAACCUGCAUUAACUUCUCAUUUUAUCGAGAAGAAGAAUUUGAAAAUAGAGGCAUUAAUGUAGCAUAUUCAGAAAUCCGAAUAAUUAAUGAUUAAAAGGAUGAUUAAAAGUUAACCAAAAAGUAUUUAAAGUAUUAUACAAGAUAAAAUUGGAUUAAAUAAAGACAUUCCUCAAAAUUUAUUAAAUAGUGUUGAUCAGGAGGAAAAUGAUAUUCGAGAAAAUUAAUUUUAAAAUUAAGUGGAAGAUGACGGCUUAAAUAAAGUUAAAGAAAAUCCAAACAUUUAAAAUGUUUUCCAAUAUAUGGGAAAUUCCCUUUAGAAUGAAAUUGGCUUUCUUAUUCAAAAUUAAGAUAAAUUCAGCAUUUAAGAUGCUUUUAGCUUUUUAUUAAAUUCAAGUGCUUUGAAAAAUAUUUUGAAAGUAGAUGAUGAUGAUGAUGAAGACUGUAAAAAUAUUGUUUAAGCUUAAAUAUCUAAUGCUUAGAGAUAAAUUGAUGAUUUAGCAAAGAUUGAGGGAGAUUAAGCAAAAUUAGUUUAAUUUAGAGCUUAAUUAGCUAAUGAUUUUUCUCCAGAUUUUCUUAAAAAUUUACCUUAUAUAAUUGGCAGAAUGGGAGUAAGUGAAGAUUAGAAUUAUAAUAUUGAAGAGUAGAAGGAGAUAGAUAGAAGUUCUAGCAAUUUAUCAUCAGCAGUGUAAUAAUAACUUGAUUAAUUCAUGAGUAUUACUUACGAAGAAAAGAAAUUUAAAUAUUAGGAGAUCUGCAAGCACUGCUAAUUCCCGUUUAAAACCAAUGAUAAAGUUUAUAUUCUUCCAUCAGAUGAUAAAUUUCAUGAUGUUUGCAUUGAGAAAAGAUUAAAUGAUUAGCUUUAAAACUUAAAACUGCAAAAUUGA